AUGGCAACAGCAACUGGCGAUAAUUCAAAAAUCAUGCUCCGAAUGUCAGACUUAACAUCGGAACCAAAACGAAUGCUUCCACCCAUCAAAGGUUACGAAAAAGAGCAACUCGUUUCUAUAGAUGAAGCAAUUCAACCCAUCAUUUCUAUUGUCCCUGAUAUCGAGGAAAUGGUUUGGACGGUCAAACAAAACUGUCAGCAGCCACGGGACAAAAUUUCGACAGACGAAUUAGCAUCGAUUAUGCUGUAUACAUUAGAGUGGUCUCCAGCUGAGAGUUCAUUUUAUUUCAUACUGAACAGAACUCUUCGUUCACAAAAUCGAAAUGAACUAUUACCUUGGUUUCGGUAUCUCCGUCUAUUCAUGGUUGCCCUGUCAAAAGUUUCCACAACAUCGCAUCGAAUGGUUUACCGUGGAAUCAAAUUAGAUAUCAGUGGUGAAUUUCCAGAUGGCAAAACAUUUAUUUGGUGGGCAUUUUCAUCGGCAUCAUCUUCAAUAAAAGUAUUAGAACAGUUUCUCGGGACCACUGGGCAUCGAACCAUAUUCAAUAUUGAAUGUGAUUCAGCCAAAGACAUAUCAAAGUAUUCAUUUUAUGAGAGUGAAAAUGAAAUUUUGAUGUUUCCAGCAAGACAAUUCCAAGUCAUUUCGACAUUUAACUCGGGAAAUCAAUUAAAAAUCGUACAUUUAAAAGAAAUUCAACCACCUUUUCCUCUUAUUCACAUUCCGCCAGCACCAUCAACUACUGCUGCUGACGAAAAGAUCAAAGAUGCAGGAGCACAUGCAUCGAGUGGUCAUAGUUCAAGCAAAUAUUCAGAUUCCCCUCAAUUCGGUCAUCCGUCAGCCAGUACCGCUGCCUCUGCACCAAAGCAUAAAGUGGUACCACCUCAGCCAGCCCAAUUGCUUGAGAGUUGCUCAAUCAUAGACUUUUUUGUUUAUCUGGUUCCUAGACAAAAGAGUUCCAUAACAUUAUUCAAUGAGAAUUGGAUAGUGAAUCGUGAUCACGCCUAUUUUCAUUCGAAUAUUUACUCAAUCAAAGUACCUGACAUAAAUUCAAGAGUUUGCAAAACCUAG